UUUUUAAAUUUCUGUGUCAAACGCGCAGUUUAAGUAUCAACAAUUUUCCCUCCAAUUUUUGUUUGGGAGUGUUCUGGAACCAAGCACUCUGGCUCGUACAGUGAAACGGCACCGUCGGUCUCUGCAAAACUUACAAUAUAAGCUUUCGGUCCGUCUCAUAAUCUCUCUCUCUCUCUCCCUAACACACUCGCUAGGAUCGAUCGCUUCGGACCUCUCUCUCGGCUAGUUUCUCACAUUUUGAUUCGACAUGGAGACAAUUUAUUGUCCAGUCACCCAAGUGAUAAUUCAAGAUCCAAAGCUUUUUCAGAACAAGCAGUCUAGAUUGCUCACAGACUAUGAUGAGAUUAAAGCCCUUGGUAGUGGAGCCUUUGGCGUUGUUGUCUCUUGCAAGAGUAAGAUAGAUGAGACAUCUUAUGCUGUGAAGAAAAUUGCAAUUGGCGACGAAGAGGAAUUCAAGUUUGAUCGGGUUAGAAGGGAGGUGCUGAUCAUGUCUCAGUUGCAGCAUCCAUAUAUCGUACGGUACCAUACGGUAUGGCUUGAGCCAUUUUUGGCUGGUCUAAACAAUAUUGCUGAUGAUGAUGAUGAAGGGAAUUCAUCGGUUAGCAAUAUUAAUCUCCCUCAUCUAUACAUUCAAAUGGAGUUGUGCGACAGCACUUUAAAGGAUAUAUUUGAGAGUGACAAGAUUAUGACAGAGCCUUUAUGUUGGAGAAUUUUUGGAGACGUUAUGAAUGGUCUUACAUAUAUGCAUGCCCAAGGAAUUAUGCAUGGAGAUCUCUCUCCUGCUAAUAUUUUUAGGUGUGGUGAUGUGUGGAAGAUAGGGGACUUCGGACUAGCCCGAAAUGUGAAUGAUGAAAAUGAUGAUAAAGUGAUUAAAAGCCUAAACAUGAAGGGAACAUAUAAAGCACCAGAUGAAAAUGUGGAUUGUGCUGUAGAUAUCUAUAGUGCAGGUAUUUUGCUAUUUGUGAUGAUAUUGAAAAUGAAACUCAUCACCGACAUGGAAAUGGUAGUAGCAAUUGCAGAUUUGAAGAAUCGUGGGGAGCUGCCGGAGGAGUGGAAUAAUUAUCCACGGUGGCAGUUAGUGCUGAAGCUCGUGCAGAGGAGACCGGACUUGAGGCCUAGUGCUAGGGAUCUUUCAACGAUUGUCAUUGCUUACUCACAGUAGCCUUUCCAACAUAUCUUCUGCCUCUGCCUCCACAGCAUACCAUAUACUCUCCUUAUGUUUGUAUUUUUACUGUAAUUGAUAACAACCCAUGAAUGGGAAAGUACUGCGUACAAGCAACACAUGUAAAUGCUAGUAAAGACAGGAAAGUGAUCAGAAGCAUAAUUUGUACCAUUUUAGAUUUUGGACUGUUUGAUAAAGUUUUACUGAAAGCUUGCAAUUUUGAUUUGACUGUUGUAUAAAUCCCACAGAAAAACCUGUUUUUGGGUUUUUAUUC